AUUUUGUUGCUUUUUUGCAAUUACAUCUGCAUGAUUGCGAUUUUGUGAUUUAUUUAUCCGUUUCCAAUUACCAUUUGAGAUCUAAUCUUUCAAUAUUUAAUGCGAUACUAUAAACUUAACUACCGAUUGCAUAUUGUAUUGUUUAUCGACAAUCUGUACGUGUACAUCAACAUUUAAUACAAUAACAGUUAAAAAAAUACAUUGAUAAUUGCUUUAUUCGCUACAAUUAACGAGGUAGAUAUCAAAUUAAAUAAACUUCCGCUGUAGUAUUUAAAUAGUUUGCAGGUAAAAUCGUCGAAAAUGGAUAUUUUGCGUCAUUUCCAAAACAUUUCUUGGUGCAAACCAGACUGGUGUUAUCCAAGCAUGAGUAAAGAGACAAAUGAACUGCUGCAUCAAUGUAUAGAUUUACCAACUAUGAAGUUAUCAGAUGAUGUGGAAGAAAUUAUCAGAAAGAGCAAAUCUUUUCCUAUACCAUUCCCUAUAGAAACAGUCAGGUUGGAAAAGUUAAAAGUGCGCAAACCAAUUGAGAAGUUGAAAAGGAACAUAGUAUCAACAUACCCUUUAAUACAUGAAAGAGUUUUGUUGUUAAUGACUCACUUUCUUAUUUACAAAAGAGAAUUUGGUUCUAACAUAGAAAAGGCAUUCUAUAAAGACAUGACAGUGCCUGAAUUUAUUGAAAGGAUUCUAAAAAAGCGUGCGGUCACAUUCAUGAAUGAAAGCGAUGAGUUUCUUCUAUUAUCCGGGGAAAGAGAUCACGAUGGCUGGGAACAAGUUGGUACACUCCACCAGAAACCUCCGCUCCUACUAGAGAACUGUCUGAGCUAUGACGAAAUGAAAUUAUCCGCUAUGGUGUUUAUAAGUGGUCACACGGAAUGCGUCAACGAUGGCUCCCGAACAAACGCUGGGGUCAUUAGAGAAGAUAUCGCCGAAGAAGAUGCAGUUAUCAUCGGUCUUAUCGGUCCACGUUUCGAGAGACGCGGCCGUAUGGACUACGAAGACAUGCUAAUAACCGAGCAACAGAACUGCCUUGAAAACGGCUACGGUGAGGAAGUCACGCCAACGACGUGUCUGAACGUUCUGAAGACUACUUACGUGAGGAACAAUCAGUCUGCCAAGCAUAUGUGGAGGCAGAUGUGGUCUGAGUUCUAUCAAGUUCAUAGUUACACAUACGAAGAGCUAACGUCAUACAUCAACAUUCAAGAUAAGGAUGAAGACAAACAAUACUUGGACAGAUACGUCAAACAGCCGUUCACUGACAAUAUAUUUGACAACGAAGUAUAUUACAAGAGGCUGAGCAUUCUAGUCGAGACCACACUUCUUGAAGCGGAGUACAGAGCUGUGGAGAGCGGGAGAGAUGCCUUUGUGAAUAUUAUAGGAUGUGGCCUCGGCGUAUGGAAAAUAGCCCCCCACCAGCCAGAUGUGUAUGUUCUCACGUUUCUGGAGCGGAUACGUGCGUUCCUCAAGAAAGAUCUCCUGAACCACGUCACCGAUGUAAACUUCGCGUACAUUAGGACAAGCCGCGGUAUACAAUCACUAUUCACAAAUUCUACAGAGCAAAAUGAUCAAUCUCCGAUUGAAAAGAGGAUUUUCUUUGAAUGCAAACGACAUCCAAAAGGAGGUAUAAACGUUCAAAUGGAGAACAGAGAGCCCUCGGCGAAGCUGAAAGGUGAACAUGAGGGUAAACUACUAGUUAUCACAUACCCUUGGGAUGGCAACGCGCAUCCGGGCAACGAAUUUUGGAUCGGAAGUCUGUCCGGUUCAGGCGAUUCAGCGGCUGCGUGUUCCACUCAAGUGUCCGAACUUCACAACGCUCACAUAAACCCCGCGGUUAGUGGUUACAACGUGCGAGUUGCGGGGCGAUACGGAAUCAACACACUAGCGGAGUACUCGCGCUCUCUCACAACGUAAUAGUGAGGGACAGAGAGGUGUAUAGUGUACACUUUACUCUUAUAUAUCUAUAUCGAACACAGGUGACGGAAUAACGGAACAAAAUCAAUGGUCCUUCGAGCCGGAUUAUCUGUUAUAAUACUCGAAUACUUUGAUUAGGUAAUUGUUAGUUAGUCGCAUGUGUGUAGAAGUGUGUGGAAGAAGCGAUAUGUUUAUUCUUACUCCUAUAACAAUGUACAUUUCUGUAUAAGGUUUGAUUGCCUUUGUGCCUGGUAUGGAAUAAUUUGACCGCGACAAGAACAGAAAUAAUGGGUUCUGGUACGAAAAGGCGUUGGGUCGUGUUCAUCAUCACCCUUACGGAUACUUAAUUGUAUUUUACCAACGUGCGUUGUAUUAAAGAGCUAAUAUUGAAUAUGCAUGUAAUUAAAGUUUUUUUAUUUUAAUUAACUUAUGAAUUAUUAUUAUUUUUCCAUUAAAAUUUCUUGUUCAGCAAUAAUUAAAGUAAUGCAAAAGAAAUGUUUGAAUAAGUAACUUUUGGAAAGCAAAGUUGUUGGUCAUAGUGAAUGUGAGAUCCUUGACAACAAAUGUCGCACAACAUACAACAUAAAUGGUAACGUAUUAUAUGUAUGAACGCUACAUAAAUGCCUGUGAUGAGGGCUACACGAAUAAAACAUUUUUGAUUUUGAAUUUGUCAAUGUCACAAAGUGCGUAGUUAGUGGUCAACUUCUCCACUAAGGCUUUUCAUACACUAUGGACACCGAGCUUGUUUAUUUUUUAAAUAAUGUAUAUAUUUUUGUAAAUUAAUAUUUUUCUAUGUAGCGAUGUAAAGGAGGGUUGACGUCAGACAAGCGUUUGGUCGUAAAUUAUAUGCCAAAACCUAAACAACUAAGUCGGUCCCCAACUUUGC